AUGACAGCUGAAAACGAAAGAGAAAUAUAUCACAAAUUAGAAGCAAUGAAAGAAAUCAGAAACAAGACGAUCACGCUGGAACGACUAAAACGAAGUAUUUUAAAUGAAGUCCGUAGCGGAGACCAAGAAGGAAGAUGCCUGGCUCAGUACAAGCGUGAGAUGGAGAUGCUACAACAGGAGAAGAUGAGUCACGUUGAGGAGCUACGUCAGAUACAUGCCGAUAUUAACGCCAUGGAGACAGUAAUAAAGCAGACCGAGGAGAGCAUGACUCGUAAGCUAAGUACGGCGUCACGGUUGCACGAGGAUUACCGUCCAUUGAAGGCUGAGGUCGACCUACUGCGGCGUCAGUGUCUGGGCCUCGACCGCCUCCCUGACUUGCAUGAGGAAGAAGGCAGUCCGAUAACUCCUGACCGCUUUCCUGCGGGUCCCGUACGUGCGCCUCCGUUUGUGGCUCCAGCACCGCGCAAGCCUCCGCCUCCGCCGCCCGCCUUUAGGUCUGCUCUCCAACAAGAUUUCCUUACAGUCUCUCUCAGGCAACAACCGCCUCCGAUGAAGUCAUGUCUGUCAUGCCAUCAGCAAAUUCACCGUAAUGCCCCUAUCUGUCCACUCUGCAAAGCCAAAAGUCGCUCGCGCAAUCCUAAGAAGCCGAAGAAGAAAUAG